AUGCCGUCUUUCUCCCCCUCCAUCCCAGCCUUGACUAGCGGCGACUCCUCGUCGAUCUCAUCGUUCGAUACAAACACCGCCAGCAGCGAAGCCACCGGCUCAGCCCGAGAAGAUGACUUCGGAGGCCCGGUAGGAAGGGAACCGCAGUCACGGCAUCGUCAGCGUCAGCAGCAACAUCAACAUCAACGACAGCGCCAGAGUAUCGACAGAGAGAGGGUGGCCGUGACAGUCACGUCGAAUCUAUCAGGGCCAGCGGGGUCUCGCGGUGGUACUAGAGCAGCACGGUCUGUGACAUCGGGGUCGCAUUCAUCUUCGUCGUGGAGUAUCGCUGCGCCAUCCAUAUCUUCCGCCGUACCGUCGUUGCCUGCCACCCAUAACGAGGACAGAGAUGCAGAUAUAAAUGUCGAGGGAAAUGGACUAGGGCACGCAGCAGGUCACGGCGGAGAUGCAGAGAUUCCGGAUCCCCGCAUCUAUACUUGUCUCUUCCAUACGCUUGACUGCCACGAGUCCUUCGACGACGAGAAUAACUGGACCACCCACGUUCUGAGUCACUUCCGCACACAUCCACCCCCUCAAACGGCACGGUGCCCCCUCUGCCCAAAUACAAAGUUCGUGGACGGUGAUCCGAAUCCUCUCUCUUCGCCGGUCUCAGGUCUAGACGAUGAGGAGGAGGAGGAGGAGCAAGAAGUCCCCAACCAACACCAAAGCACAAGCACAGCCUGGCCCAGACUCCUCAACCACGUAGCCGCACACUACCGCACCGGCCAAACACUAGCAGGAAGCCGGGCCGAUUUCGAGUUAAUGCGAUAUCUGUACGGACGGCGUAUUAUCUCCGACGCCCAGUUCAAGGCUAUGCAGCUUGCGCCUGCGCCGUCGAGUCCGGCUUAUCAUGCUUCGCAGGAUGGGGUUAGGGCUAGUAUUGGGUCUUCGGAUGAACCGUAUUGUGCGCCUUAUAGUCGGAGGAGGGAGGAGAGGUUGAGGGGUCAGCAGAAGGGUCCUGGGGUUGGUGGUAGUGUUGGGGUUGGGGCUGUUUGA